AUGACUGUAGAACCAAAGAGGGUUCAAAAACCGACUUGUUCGCUGCCUUUAUUGGACACGAAAUCUAGGAAACUUGUUGGCGAGCUGUUACAGCCGUCUUUGCCUUUUAUUCAGUUAAACUUGGGCCAACUUGAGCAGCGUGCGAUUCAGUCACAUAAUCAUAUUCCACCAAGCAAAGAUGGAAAUACGAAAGCACAUUACUUGCUCGCGGGAAGUGGAAUAAAUGCUGAGAGAACAUGGAAGAAAAUUGAGUCACUAUCGCUUCAUGCAAAACCUCCUACAACUCUUGAACUUUCUUUUACAGACGUGGAUAUGUUUUUGAAAUACCAAAGAGAGAAAAAUGUGCUAUAUUCGCUUGAAGCCCUUAUUCAGGAUGCCCAGUCUCAGUUUGACAAGUAUCUGGAGCUUGAGUGGCAGGGAAAGAAGUCAGGUGUAAGGGAAUUUCCGGAAUCAUCUACUUCUCAAGAGAAAAAGCUGGCAACAGUAACCCAAAACAAUGCUCGCAGCCGGGUAUUUGCUGCUUCAUUAAAGACGUGUUACUCCGAUGUUUCUCAGUCUUCACCUGGCUCAAAUUAUGUUUCAUCUUUCUGCCAAGUCGCAAAGGAAUUGUCAAAAGAUACGAAGUCACUUCUUUUGUAUGAAACUUGGAAUUUAUUACGUUCUUUCAUUUCUUAUGAUGGUUCUUCAGAUCCAUUACUCGGAUCCAAAUCCCAGUUGUUUCCUUUCUACGAAGAUAGCCUUUCUAAAGUACGUCUAAAUCAAAGAAUUAUUGACUGCUCUAGACGUUUCUUGGAAAAGCAAUUCUUUGAUGUUGUUAAUAAAGAAAUCGCAAACAACCCUCAAGCUGCUUCCAUUGGUGGCGUACCCUCUGUUGUAAAUAAAAUUCGUGCAUAUAUUAAUAUUCGAUUCUCAAAAAAUGGUGUUUGGACGAAUUCGAAUAUUGAAUUUUUAGGGGACUUACCGGUUUGGGCAUUCAUCUUCUAUCUGCUGCGUGCGGGCUACCUGGAUGAAGCCGUCGCAUAUGCUGAACAAAAUCACAACUUUUUUGAAGAGAGACAAGCCACCGAUUUCCCUACUUACUUGAAGGCUUAUUUGAAGGCUCCAAACUCGAUAAUUCCCAAAGAAUUGCGAAACAAACUUUUCUCUGAAUUCAAUCAGACGCUCCGUUUCCAAGAAGACUAUGAUCCUUUCAAAUAUGCCGUGUAUAAAAUAAUUGGCCGCUGUGAGCUUUCCAAAACAUCUUGUCCCUCUGUUUGUUUUGUGACUGAAGACUAUAUUUGGUUACAGCUUUCCCUUGCACGAGAAUUUACUGAAACGAACAUAUCUGCUCAUGAAUGCUUUUCCCUGCAAGAUGUUCAAAAAUUGGUGGUGUCAUACGGCCCUGAUUAUUUUACUAAGCAAGGCUCUUAUCCUGUUAUGUAUUUUUUCCUUUUAAUGUUAUGUGGUCUUUAUGAGCAUGCUAUCGAAUUUUUAUAUAGUUAUUAUCCUACAGACGCUGUUCAUUUUGCUAUCACAUGUGCCCAUCAUGGUUUGCUGCACACCGCUUCUCCGAAAUCUUCGCCUCCUCUUGAUACUUUACUUGUAAAUGAUACUGCAGGUCAACCAAGCCUGCGAUAUGAAGCAAUGUUGAUGAGCUACGUUAAAGGCAUGCAGGAAAAUGAUGCAGUUACUUCUGCUUGCUAUUUAGCGAGUAUGUGUGAAGUUACAGAAUAUGCCCCUGUCUGUCACGAAGCUUUGAAAGAUCUAAUCUUAAGUACCCGUGAUUAUGUUCAUUUAGUUGGCGAUAUUCGUGCUGACGGCGAACGUAUUUCCGGAUUUUUGGAGAGUCGAUACUCGAUAUUAAAGCUUUCAUCUCAGGAAGAGUUUCUAACAAAGAUAACUUUCCACUCUGCUAAAAUUGCUGAUGAUCAAGGGCUAUGGUCUGAUUCAGUUUUGCUAUAUCAUUUGGCUGAGGCUUAUGAUGUUGUUAUCUCCGUUGUCAAUCGAUGCUUGGGUUCUGCAUUGUUAGGAUUUAUGGAUCAAGGCGUGUUCCCAGAAAAACUUAUCUCAUUAGUCAAAAAUAUGAUGAAUGUUUAUGGAAAGAACCCUUCUAUAUACAGUAAGAUUAAUUACAAAAACAGAGAAACGACGGAUUUGUUACUACUCACUGUGGAAGCUUUCCAUGCUUAUGUAAACAAAGAUUACGAACAAGUCUUGGCUGCCUUACAACAAAUAGAGAUAUUGCCUCUGGAUACAGAGUGUGAUUCUCACGUGGUUCGUAAGUUGGCGGCUGAAUUCCGUUUUCUUAAUGACAGCCUGCUACACAAUAUACCGGGAAUUAUUUUGGUUGCUAUGAAAAGUAUCAAUGAGCUUUAUAAAAAGCAGAAAUCAUCUGCUUACAACAACGAUUCGAUAGCAAACACGAAGCUACAGUUCUAUCGUAUGAAGGCACGGAAAAUUGUAAUGUACAGCUCAUUAAUAGACUUCCGUAUGCCUUCACACAUAUUGGAGCAAUUAAAUCGUUGUGAAAUUGAAAUGACCUAG